GGAUCGACUUCAUGAAUCGUCUUCAGACUUCAAUGUGGUCGAUGGAUACACCAAUCAAGCAAGCCGGUGUGGUGUAUAAGUAGGAAGUUCAGACCCCCAUUGGUUGUUCACUGCCCUCCAGCUCUCAAUCAAGUCUCUCAGCAACCGAGGCAGCAGCGACACCGCCACGCGCGCCAUGGUUGCCGAGCUCGCCGGCGGCGGCGACAUGCCCGUGCACAGCUUCCGGCUGUCGACGGUGGUGCCGGGGUCGGUGACCGGGGAGGCAGUGGACUACGAGCUCGCGGACGCCGACCUGCUGCACAAGCUGCACUACCUCCGCGCGGUGCACGUGUUCCGCGCCCCGGCGCCGGGGGCCGUCCGGGAGCUCAAGGAGCCCAUGUUCCCGUGGCUGGACAUGUACUUCCCCGUCAGCGGCCGGCUGCGGCGGCGCCCGGCGGCCGACGACGGCGAGGUAGGCGCGGCGGCGGGGCGGCCGUACGUGCGGUGCAACGACUGCGGCGUGCGCGUCGUGGAGGCCGCCAUCGACGCCACCGUGGAGGAGUGGCUGGAGCAGGAGGCGGAGCGCGGCGGCCUGUGCAAGGCGCUGGCCUACGACAAGGUCAUCGGCCCGGAGCUCUUCUUCUCGCCGCUGCUCUACGUGCAGUUCACCAGCUUCAAGUGCGGCGGGAUGGCCCUCGGCUUCAAGUGGGCGCACCUCAUCGGCGACAUCCGCUCCGCCGCCGCCUGCUUCAGCACGUGGGCGCAGCUCCUCAGCGGCAAGAAGGCCCCGGCACCCACCCUGCGCGACCCGCACACCAAGCCGCCGUCGGCCGCACCUGCCGGCGCGACGGCCCCACCGUCGGUCAAGGCCACCGCCGCGCCCGUCGGCGACGACUGGAGGGUCCCCACCGCCUGUGAAAUGGUGCCCUUCUCCUUCCACGUCACCGAGCAGCAGCUGAAGCGCCUCCUGCUCGGCGCGCCAGCGGGGCGCCGUCAUCAUCAGGUGGGCACGUUCGAGCUGGUCGCGGCGCUGGUGUGGCGCGCGGUGGCCGCCAUCCGGGGUCCCGAGGAGGAGGAGGCGACGCGCACGGUGACCGUCGUGAAGACUACGGACCCGGCGGCCGCGCCUACAGGCGACGGCCGCCUGGGGCUGACCAACGAGCACCGCAUCGGCCACGUCGUCGCGCCGACCGGCCUGCUGCCGGCGGCGGCCGACGUCGCGGAGCUGGCGGCGCUGCUGGCCGCCGCGAGCCUCGACGGGGCCGGCGCGGUCGCGGCUGCGGCGCUGGCGGGGGCGGACGACGCCGACGCGGUCGUGUACGGCGCCAACCUGACGUUCGUGGACGCCGAGGGCGUUGACGCGUACGGGCUGGAGCUCGGUGCGCGGCGCCCCGCGCACGCGGAGUACGCCGUGGACGGCGCCGGCGACGGCGGCGCGGCCGUCGUGCACCGCGACGCCGGCGGGCGGGGCCGCACCGUCGCGGCCGCCGUGCGCCGGGGCGAGGCGGACCGCCUCCGCGCGGUGCUCCGUGACGCGCUGCGCGUUGCUUGACGGCCGAGGCAGUAGCUUUGCCUUUCUUCAGUGGGUUAUCAAUAAAGACACUUCAGCGUGUGCUCCUUUGCGCUGCUUGUGUUGGUCUGUUCAGUCCUGCGCUCCCGGGCACUCUUGCAAGCAGUUUAUAUUAGCGUGAUUCGAACUUCUAAAUGCAAUUAAUGUGUGUUAUGAACUUCCGAUGAUAUGGAUUUGCUAUGUUUGGCUCAA